UUUCGCAGGUGUCUGUGGUCAAAACAGAUUAUAAAUGGCUGCCAAUCCAUUUCCCUCAACAACAAAGUGGGUAAAGAGCAAAGUGCCUUUCAACCCCAAAAAGGUGACUCCAUCUGCUUAUACCCAGGAGAUGUUGCAGUCUACAGAGGAGCGCCUGGCUAACACCAAUGACAUGCAGCAGCCUCGCAUCGUGGAACUGCUUGACAAGAGCAAGACUACGUAUCACAAAUUGUCCGUAGUGGAUAUGGAUAAGCCGCUCUUCCAGCUCUACCCGUCUGAGCCGGUCUUCCAGAAUUUCACUCCUGCACAGACCUACAUGUUACCUCUGGUUUUCCGCAACAUAGAUAUGGUCCCACAACAUUUAAUGCUGGAGCUGCAGGAGUCUGAGUUUUUCCGCGUGGUCGGACCAAAGGAUUCAGGCAGCAGGGUUGCACCUGGACUGUCUUCUACCUUCACUGUCUUCUUCACCCCACAGGAGAACAAGGACUACCAACAUAGAGUGGUGUUUGUGACAGAGAGGGAGCGGUUUGAGGUCCCAGUCCGUGCCAUUGGGCCACGUGCCAUUCUUGAUUUCCGCGACGAACUCCUCUCCCCCGUCUGUCCUGUGAAAUCCUCCACGGAGAAGACUCAGCAUGUCCGCAACAUAGGAAAUGGCAAGGCCAAGUUCAAGCUGGACACGCAGAGCCCGUUCUCUGUGACGCCAUCCAGUGGGACUGUUGACGUGGGCGGAAGCGUCCAGGUGACUGUGGAUUUCCACCCUAUGACAGUAGGGGUCCACAGCCAGCCGCUGGUCCUGCACUACCACACCGGUGAAGAUGUGCACAUCAGCUUGCAAGGUGUUUGUGAAGAACUGGACAUCCGCCUUGAGGCAGACUCUGUCCUUUUGACAAAGACCUACAUGUCCUUGGCCAGCCAUCGCACAGUGUCCCUCACCUACAGGAGUGAGAUCCCUCUGAAGUACUUCUGGACCACGUGGCCCAGCCUGCAAGAGGAGGCCCUGAGCUUAUUGAGCGAGAGCUCGGGGCUGGCACAGGAGGAGUUUGAGAGGAAGCAGCUGCUCGCUCAAUGCGAAGCACAUCCCACAGUGAUACAUCGCCUUCCGCUGCUGUCCAGAGCCCUGCAGGAGCGCAGAAGCCAGACAGUGAGGGACCACCGGCUGGUCCUCUCACACAGCUGUAUUACCAUGGAACCAGCGGAGGGUGAGAUAUGGCCCAGGACUCCAGCCCAGUUUCACAUUGUCUUCAAGCCUGAGGAGGCCAAACUGUACCAACAAACCAUAUAUUGUGAUAUCACAGGCCGUGAAGCUCGGUUGCCUCUCACAAUAAUGGCCGAGGGCAUUGGACCUAAUGUCCAGUUCAACUACGACCUGAUGGACAUGCAGAACGUAGUCAUUGGAGACACAGACUAUUAUGAAGUGAAGGUUCGCAACAGAGGACUGAUUGAUGCUCCUUUCAGGCUGUCGAGCCGUGACACCACUUUUGGCCGCUGUUUCUCCUUCUGUCCUGAGGAAGGCGUCCUUCCCUCGGGGGCCUGCCAGAAUGUGGAAGUCAUCUUCUGCAGUCACACAUUGGGAACUUUCACAGAGGACCUGCUGCUAACUGUCACAGGACGGCCGCAACCACUUACAGUGACUUUCAGUGGUUGUGUCAUUGCUCCCACAUGCCACUUCAAUUUGUCAGAACUCAAUUUUGGAGAUGUAGGCUUUGGUUUCCCACUUACAUUGAUGUGUAAGCUUUUCAACACCUCCUUUGUGCCCAUGACCUUUGCCCUGCGUGUCCUGGGAGACGGGUCGGGGUCUCCCAGUAUAACUAGUGCCAAACAAGAGUCCAAAGUGUCCUUGAAGGAUUGGGGAGGCAGUGCUGCCGGACACCUUCAUGCCAGCCCUGUGGAGUUCAACGUCACACCUGCUGCAGGGUGUGUUCGUGACAUGUCAGAUGUCACCAUUAAGGUGACGCUGUGCUCCAACACAGUGAAGACAUAUAGGGUGGCGCUGGUGGUGGAUGUUGAAGGUGUCGGAAAGGAGAUAGUGACUCUGCCCAUCAAAGCCAGGUGUGUUGUUCCUGCUAUUGUGGUGGAGACCCCGGUGUUGAACUUUCAGAGGUGUUUUCUCGAUCACCGAUACGAACAGAAAGUGCAGCUGACUAACACCGGCCCUCUACCUGCCUGCUAUGGAGUGCUUGACCAGGAAUACGAGGAGAGUCCGUCACUGCUCUUUGGCAGUUCCACUCCCACCGGAAUGAUUCGCCCUCAUAGUUCAGAGGAGUUUCCUGUGUUUCUGCUUGCCAAGGCCGUUGGAAGGCAGCAGCACACUCUACGCAUCGCUGUGUUUGGCAGCGUCCAGCCACCCCAGGAGGUGGUCCUGUCAUGUAUUGGACAGGGACCAAUAGUUCAUGUUCACAGCAAACAGCUGGACUUUGGUGCCGUCCCGGUUCUAACGGACAUCACCAGAUCCCUGCGCCUGUCAAACCAGUCUCCUAUUCCAGCUUACUUCAGUGCUUGCAUGUUUCCUCAGAGCCACGGAGGGACGUUUGGCCGGGUCGAGCCCAGUGAGGGGGAAGUGCCACCCGAGAGCCAGCUGGAGCUGAAAGUAGUGGCUCACCUGAAGGACACACUUCUCUUCCGGGCCAGGAUGGAAGUAUCUAUCCAGAACAGCCACGUGCACACUGUGCUUCUGUCCGCCACCGGCACUGGCACCACAAUUGUCAGUGACAGACCUUUUGCGCCCAACCUUGAUCUAGGCACAUAUUUAAGCCAUGCCUCAUGCCAGUACCCCUUCAAGCUGACAAACCAGGGUAAGCGAACGCACCGGUUGUACUGGCGGCCUGACAGCUUUCUGUCCUCCACAAAAUCUCCAAAAGGCAGCCGGACCGCCCUGCCCCCCAUCCGUGCUCCGAGCAAGAAGAAAGGCUUUAUCGGUAAGCCUUUGCCCUCCUCUGGCAAAGAGAGGCCUGUGUUCAGCCUCAGCCCUUCUCGUGUGGAGCUCGCUCCAGGCGGCUCAGUCGACAUGGUGCUGACAGGAUCUUCAGACUCCCCCAAGUGUGUUCAGGAGCGCCUGGUGUGCCAUGGCUUUGUGGGUCGACAGGGCUGUAGAGAGCUCAUCAUGUGCGUAGAUCUUACCUGUCGCUUUGUGGCUCCCAUGCUCAGCAUUUCCUCCAGGCAGCUGAAAUUCCACCUGGAGAAGGUCCCAGGAGAGGGUCUAAUGCCGCUAUACGAGAAGCUCGUCUUGGAGAAUGUGUUGUCUCUGUCUCUUUCCGUUGAGCUCUCUCUGGUUGAGCCCUUCUCUUUGUGUGAGGCCUCGGGAGCCCAUAGCCCGGCUACCACUAAGUCCAUGACUAUAGGUGAUGGGCAGCAGGCUGAGCUGUGGGUGUGCUUUGACCCAACUUACUGUCAGGAUCGGGUGUCACGAGUCGUGGAAGAGGUCCUCGAGAUACACUACCAGGGACACCCAGAGCGACACAAGGUGGAGCUGUACGCUGAGGUCCACUUCCCCAACCUUCACUUCUCCGACACCACGGUGGACUUUGGCUGCGUGCUCAACCUUACGGGGGCUCGCAGGGCGAUCGCCAUCACCAACUGCUCUCUGCUGCCCGCGUCCUACCACUGGGUCUUCCUGGGUGACUGGGAACACAGGGCCAUCAGAGAGACAGAGAUAGUGGAGGUAGAGGGGGAGCAAACAAAUCCAAAAGAUGGGACCGAAGAAGAAGAAGGAGGAUGGAGUUCGCCCAGAAUGCCUUCUCUGGCCUUUACGGAUCCACUAGGGCCUGGUGCAGAUGAACGGAUCAGCUCACGGGACCCUCUGGGUGCCCAAGAGGUGUUUGAUAUCUUGCCGAUAUUCGGUCAUUUGCAACCUGGGGAGCAGCAACAGGUCAUUUUCUGCUUCUACGGCCACGAGAAUGUCAGCAGCAAGGUGGUAGCACAGUGCCGUGUAGAAGAGGGGCCGACAUAUGAGAUCCGACUCCGAGGAGAGACAUCUUUAAUCAGCUACAGCCUGGACUCCACGCAUAUUGACUUUGGUCUGCAGCCGUUUGAUCAAGAAAGUGAAGCUGAGGUGACACUAACCAAUACUGGCAAGAUAGGCUUUAACUUCAGCAUCACACAUCUUCAAAAGAAGGAUGAAGAGGCAGAAGAGGAGGCAGGGGGGUUGAGGAAGGCCCUGGAGGAUGAGCAACAUGUAGAAAGACAUGUCAUACCAGGCCGGCCCAUGGUCAUCCCCGCUACGGGUUACAUUGAUCCCGGUGCGGAGCGAUGUCUGCGUGUGGUCUACCUCCCAGGCACCCCAGAGGUGUUUGAGAGGCAGCUUCAGCUGCAGGUGGCUUUCCUACUGCCGCAGGUCCUCACGCUGACUGGAGAGGGAGUGUUCCCAAGGAUCACCCUUAACUUGCCACAAAACCUGCCAGAGGAGUCUUACAGUGAUUUGGUGCUGCAGGCCAGAAGAGCUGUGGAGGGAGUGGAGCUCAUGAAUGGAAUGGCAUCUGAUGAAAGACAGACAGCCGAGGCCAAACACCACCUCACAUAUAAAGAGCUGCUUCACAUGGAGAUUGAGAGGAUGAUGGUCAAACAGAAUGCCCUCGCUGUGACUGACAGUCUGCUUGAGCUCCGAGAAUCGCAAAGUUCCUUCAUGAAGUGGCACAAACUUAGCCAGUUCCUGCUUCCAGAGUAUGUUUUGGAUUUUGGUUAUGUCAUUCCAGCCAUUCCCCACAGUCACAGUGUAAACGUGACAAACACUGGUACAGUGGCUGUGUCCUUCAAAGCCAAUGUCAAACCUCUAGCUGGAACAGGAUUCAGUACAGACUUUAAAAGAGUAAAAAACCUGCCUUGUGGAGAGACGCAGACUUUUACGGUCAAAUUUGACCCACAAACAGCUGACCUGAAGAUGGGGGAUACAAUUGUUGUCAUGCCAAUACAGGUCGUAGGCGGCCCGACGGUCCAGGUGCGGCUGUGUGCUUUGGUGACUGAGCCGGCCGUCACUGUUUCAACUGAUACCCUGCAGUUCGACACUGUGCAAUGUGGCAUGUGUCAGAUGAGGACAAUACAGCUGUUUAAUCACAAGUCUGUGCAGUGCUUCUGGAGUAUAGCUGAGAAGGGAAAGCCUAUCAAAAAGCAUCAAAAGGACUUGCAGAUACAACAACCGCCUGCUGUGGUGUUCAAGAUGAUUCCCAGUUCUGGCAUGCUGUCUCCUGGUGAACGGGUCAAUGUCCAGAUAAAGUUCACCCCUGCUGAGGGGAGUUCCUACAACAGGCAGCUACAUGUCCGCGUGGCUGAGAGCAGCCAGCAGCUGUUCAUUACAGCCCAGGGGCGGGCGGAGAAGCCACAUCUCGAGUUCUGCCCGUCUGUGCUGGAGCUCGGGCCAUGCCUGCCUCUCAACACUGACGUCGAGGUCAACGUCACCGUCAGAAACCCCUGCCCUUUCCCUGUUGAGUUCUACUCCCUGGAAUUAGACACACAGUAUCUCGAAGAAGAAAAGAUCCUGCGUCUUGUUAAGGGUUAUGACGAGAACCGCAUAUUACUGCUGCCCCCCAGAGCCCCUGGAGAAAGUCUUCCCCAGGAACUGCUCGAGUACUACCAGGAGCACUGCUCCCAGCUGAAAGACGAUGCAGGACUGAAACAAGGCCUGGAUGAAGAUGAAGCUGUGAUGGUUGACACAUACGAGGAAAGAGACAGCAAAGUGGAAGAAAUGCAUUCUUUAAGUUUGAAACCAGCUGAAUUACUGGUUUCGGAGAUGACCGUAGUGGGAAAUUCCCAGGCACUGGGGCAGCUCGAGAUGACCCCCGUCUCCAGAGCAAUAGCUCGCCACAUGCGUGUGGAUCUGUCGCCUGAGGGUCUGGCUGCACGCAACCGCAGAGGCAUUGCUAUUAUUGUGUAUGGAGCGCCACUGACAGAUAAUGGCAGCUGUGUGGCAGCUCUGGCCCGUCACUACGGAGGGGCAAGCCUGAGUGUUGAUGCCGUGGUUACCGAGGUGCUCGUCAAUGGAACUUCACCUAUCAGCCAGACUGCGAGACAACCCUACGACUGUGCUGCCGCCGCUAAUGCUGGGAAGAAGCCUCAGGAGGCUGCUCAGUCCACAGAAUAUGAACCAGAAACACAUCCAGAAGCAUCAGAACCAGCUCCACAUUCAGCUCCAGCUUCACGUGGUACUUUGGAAGUUCCUUCAAAACCCAUUGAGGACGGCUUCAGCGGAAAUGGCUCCAAGGCUCCUCGGGGGACCGAGAACACACACUUUACCCGUUGCCUGGGAGGAGAUGUGAACAGUAAUCUGUUGCCUGAACAGCUUUUGGUUGACAUCCUGGCAGAAAGAUUUCAGUUAGAUUACCCACACGACUGUCACCGCGGCAUCGUGAUUGACGGCCUGGAGUCUGUGUAUGCUCAAUCAGCAGCAAGCGUGCUGCAAAUCAUUCUCAAGGCCCUUGAUAACCGCAAACGCAUCUUUGUAGUCAACCUGAGUGACUCGUACGACGCCCUGAAGGCACGAGAGGAAGCACAGAGAGAAGCCAAGGAGGCUCUGGAGAAAGAGAAAGCUGAAAUGGAGGAGCCGUGGUUGCAGGAGCUGGAUGAUGAGGAGUACGACGCUCUGCCCGAGGAGAAAAAGGAGCAUAUUGAUCAGCGACUAACAGAGAAGGAGCUCGGGCAGGAAGAAAAGAGGCUUCAGGAGGAGAUGCUGAAGGAAGAAGAAUUGAAGAACAAAAAAAAGGGAGGAAAAAUGACUCUUAAAGAAGUGUCGAAGGAGAAGAGCACACUGGAGAGGAAGCAGACAACAGCUGCAGUCAAUGUUGUGCCGACGUCUGGCUCUAACAACUCCAAAAAAAUACGAGUGGUUGAAAGAGAGCAGCUUCCAUUAAACAAAGGUGCCAGCAGAUGUAAGGAAUCUCUACAUGAUUCAGUGCAGGAUGCAGAAACCUUCAGCAUAUACAAAAGACCAUACACACUUGUUUUACCAUGCCCAAGAUUAUUGUGUAUGUGCUAUUAUCAAUCCCGCUUUGCUAAUACAGCGCAUCGGAGCAAAGAAGCCAAGCGAUUACAAGCAGAAUCUUCUGUGCCUGCAGACAAUCUGGAGGGAGAGAUGCCAAUCCAGUCCAUUGUGGAUGAGCUGCAGUGUCAGUUCGCUGUGUAUGAGCAGACCCAGCAACAGGUGGAUCACAUCUUGCAGCACUGGGACCGAGCCCGGGGCUUGUUGCUGGUCCCGUUGCCUGGUGACGAGGCUCCUCCAGUGCCUGAGGAUGCCCCAACAGAGAAACAGCAUCCGCAGGGAGCAGAACACUUAUUCUUGACGGCUGUUGGCAAGAAGAACAAGAAACACGGCUUGUCGCCGUUGCCUAGUCAGAUGUCAGUGCCAGCUGCAGCGGACGUGGUGCUUCCACAGGACAUUAUCCCUCACGUUGCCCUGAACGUAACAGGGAAAGACUAUCCGAGUGCUGCGGAGCUGCUAAAAGGCAGCACACUGCCUCCACUGGCCGAGGUGUUGGAUGAUUUGGGUUUGGGACCCAGCGGCCCACCCGUUCCGCCACCCACAACGUUCUCUGUGGUUCCUUUUCCUGAAAACAGGGAGCAAUCAAACGUUCAACUCACCUGUAGCUGUUUCACCUUCCUGGUUCCCUUUGGGCUGGACGAACAGGACGAGGAGAAUAAAGAUUGGGUGGAAGAUAUGCGCGCAUCAGUUGUAAAGGAAGGGGCAGGUUUUGAAGGUCGCAUCAAGGCCAGCUUGACAAAAAACAAGGAUAAAAAGAUCAGAGAGAGUCAGAAGAGCAAGAGACAAAGUUCAGACAAGACAAAGGCAAAGGGCUCUGACCGGUCUUCCUCCCCUCGGUUACCCCUCUCCUCCACACCUGACUGCGCUGAACAGGACCAACACAAAGACAACAUAAAGCUGAAACGUAGCCAGAGUCUGACAACAUUUCGCUGGGUUGUACCAGCUAAUGGUGAGGUGGUUCUGAGGAUCUGGUUCUACUCAGAAUUCCCAGGGACGUUUGAGCAGACCUUCAACUUUGAGCUUUUGGGGACUCGGAGAUGCUACCAGCUCCCCUGCAGAGGAAUUGGCACCUAUCCCUCCAUCUGCAAAGACUACAUGACUCUCUUUGCCUAUAGUAAGAAGGUCCCACAAAUGGAAGACGGGCUCCAGAAUACAUACGUGAUCAAACCUGGAUACUUUGAGUUUGGACCAUUGCUUAGUGGCGAGACCAGAGACAGAUACAAAGAAAGGAGACAUCCAGACAACACAGAGCGACUAGUGAUUCAUAACAUUUCAAGCCUGGAGGCUGAGGUCCAGUUCUAUUUCCAGCAUGAUAGCCAGGCCACCACGUACCUGCUGGACCCCCCGACUAUGACCCUCAAACCCGACCAGAAACAGGAGUUGACAGUGUGGGCGUACCCAACAAAACUGGGACAAAUGACGGACAGCAUUGUGUGCCAUGUCAAGGACAAUCCAGAGCUUGUCAACGUCAAACUUUCCUGCCGGGGCGUUCGGCCGGAGUUGGAGCUGGAAAGAAACCAUUGUCACUUUCAAAGGACAUUGCUGAAUAGGCGGGAGAGCAGCAGAGUGACGCUGCAUAACAAGACACCUCUGCCGGUGUCUUGGAGACUGCGGGGCGUGGAGGAUUUAGGUGAUGAGUUCAGUGUGCCACAGGAUCAGGGCAUUGUUUUACCCAACUCCUCUUACCAACUGAGCUUACACUUCAGGGCCAAGAGGCCACUCCACGUUAAGAAGAUCUUAUAUCUGGAGGUAUCUGAUGUGGGGAUGAUUCUAGGCAUCGUGCAAAAAGAAAAAAUACAGGUCACAGCUGAAGCCUAUGUCAUUGAUUUGGAGAUCACACCAAAUGGCUGUGUGAACUUUGGAACCAUUAAAGUCUUUGAAGAGGCCAAACUGUCUCUCAGGAUGAAGAACCUAGGGAAAUAUGAAAUAGCCUAUAAGUUCACAUUGCAGCGAACCGACCCAAGCCAGCCAAACCUGGAGGCCAUUUUCACGGUGUCUCCCCAGAGUGGGACUCUAAUGCCCCACGAGAAGCCCACAGCGGUGCAAAUACUAUGCAGACCCAACAGAGAAAUCCUCAUUAGAGAGCAACCUGUCCUGUGCUGCCAGGUGAUUGACCCCAGCAUUGGGAAUGGUGGAGAACUCAUAGCCACUAUAGCAAUUGAGGUUUCAGUCAAGUCUGUCUUCUCCAGGUACAAGAUCAUACCUGCCUGUGACCUCAACUUUGGCCCACUGGUCUAUGGCUUCAAGAAAAGCCAGAGCUUCACCAUCCAGAACAAUGGAGACUUUGAGACACGUUUCAUCAUCAGCCGCAUGACCCCUAACCCUGCGCCACCGGGGAAGGCAGGGGGACCUGCUAGGAAGAUGCCUCCAGAGACCCAUUCAGAGAGAUCUGCUGGUGCCAGUAGCAAAGUAAGACGUGAGUCCAACCUGAAGGACAUGGCUAUGACACAGAAUCGCCUCACGGUGGGGGUUUUCUCCGUGUCGCCCUGCAGUGGGAGCUUGCAGCCAGGCGCUCAGCAGGUGGUGACAGUGGACUGUGUGGCUGAGCAGCUGGGAGACUGGAACCAGUGUUUGCUCAUUGACGUCAGUGAGCGUGAUCCUUCAGACCGGCCGGACGGCAUUCCGUACAGACUGCUGGCUGAAGUCUGCAAGCCAGGUAUAGCAUUAGACAUGUCAACCAUCUUUGAGGAACACCAUUUGUGCCACGACAGCAGUCAGCUCUCCUCUGAGCAGUUUUGCAAUGCUGAACGCAUUUACAUCCGGGACGAGAACACGUUCAUUUUCAACAAAGUCCUGGUGGGGCAAACAGCCCAGGCCCGCUUCAAAAUAACCAACAACAGCAAGGUGCCCUGUGUGCUCAGCUUGGCAAUUAAGUACAUUGGCUCUAAGACUUCUCGAAUUGCGGAUGUUUUUAAUUUGUCUGCUGCAACGCUGAGCAUCCCCAGGCAGUCACACUUAUUCGCUGUGGUCACCUUCACACCCCAGACAAUGUUGUGCUACAACGCUGUGUUUGAGGCCACAAUGGAGGUAACCAGCAGAAUGACACCCACAUUCAAGAGUAAGGUGCUGGAGUUCAACCUCAGGGGCGAGGGCAGUCUGCCCAGUGUAUGUGUGGUGCGUCCCGCUCUGAGGAACACCAGAGGACGCCAAAUGCUCCAGUUCAGACGUGUGUUGGUAGGGCGUCGCAAAACACGGCCUCUGGUGCUGCUAAAUGACGGCAAUGUUCCUGCUCAGGUCCAGAUUGAUAUGUUGGAUAAACAUGGAGUGUUCACCCUCAAAGCGGCACCUGGCAACACAAGCAGCUCCAUCCACUCCACGCAGAUCGAGGCCUCCAAUGACUCAGGGCAUCAACUGGUGCAACGAGUCAUGCUGAGCCUGAAUGUUCACCAGCAGGUGGAGUUUGAGGUCAGCUUCUGCUCUGACAAGCCUUUGAGUGUCAAGGCUAAGAUCUCACUGCAGGUAGAGGACAACCAGUACGGAAACACCAUAUUACAUGUGACCGGAGAAGCUCACCGGGAAAUUGUCUCUCUUGACAACAUCAGGCGGUCAUUACAGGAAAUAGAUCAGGAAAAUGGAGAUGGAGGUUAUUACGAGGUGCUGAAUUUUGGCGACUGCCAUGUAAAUUGUUCCUAUCAAGAGAAUUUCACAAUGACAAACCACAGCAGCAGCCAGGUAGUGAGGUUUGAGUGGCCUCCUGUUGGAUCCCAUGUCUCCUUUUCACCACAGGUUGGGCACCUUCAUGCCGGUUGUUCCAAGGAAGUGACUGUGACCUUUGCCUCCAAUCAGCCAGUGACUCUUACCAGCCAGCCGAUCAGAUGCAAACUUAGUCAGGUGAAUUUCCUGCAGCCACUCGAGCAGGUGGCCGACUGGGACGACCAGAGGAGGACAUUGCAGUGGCAGAGUUCUCCCAAACAGGCCGCAGGAGCACCACAGCAGCACAAGAAGAAGGUGAUGAAGACGGAUCCUGAACCCUGCUGCUCUGUUGUUGAGGACUCCCAGUGGGAGUUGGCGUUGCGAAUCAGUGCCGUUUGUGACUAUGUGAAGUUCAGCUGCAGCAACGACACCAUCCACUUCAAAGACACCAUGCUUUACCAAACCAGGCUCCACCAACUGCAGAUCGUGAAUCAUGGCACUGUCAGACUGGAAUACUCCUGGCAAGUCCUCAUGGCUCCAAGGAACAACGUUGUAAACAAUGACCAAGGAGAUGGGACGCUGCCUUUUCGACCAGGCAGCAAGUCAGGAGGCGUGUUUACUGAAGCCCGCCCUGCCAGCGCGAUGUCAUCUCUGACAGUGAAUCCACAGCUUCUACCCAUCAGCGUCGAGCCUAGCAUUGGGGCAGUAGCGCCCGGUUCCACUCAGACUUUCAGCAUCCGCUUUUCACCCCUUGAAGUGGCCCAGUUUCAGGGCAGGCUGGUCAGCAGAAUCCCCAACUUGCAGGAUGGAGAGGAGGCUCCCUGUGUCUCGGUGUGUGGCCGCAGCCUGUUGCCCCACUGUCACUUUCAAAUGGACCACUCGGACUAUAUCAGUGGGAACCGCCGUAAACCUAAUUUCAGGGGCGCUCUGGACCCUAACACCAGGGUCAUAGAGUUCAGCUCUGUUGGCCUCUCUGUGCCAUCAAAAAGAUGUUUCAGUGUGGUGAACCCAACCAAUAAACCCUAUGCAUUCAAGUGGAGGUGUGAGGACACAGGUGGCAGCCCAUUUUGCUGCCUCACCCCACGCGGCACCAUCUUGCCCGGGAAGAAGGCGGAAGUAUGCUUUGAAUAUGUAGCUGAGCAGUUUGAAGCAGUGGAGUCAAUCUGGAGCUUUACGAUUGAGUCCCUGUCCCUGUCUGUGCCCUUCUUGUGUGUGGGCACCACUAAAGAACCCCUCGUCUACCUCGACAGACCUCACCUUGACUUUGGAGAACUGCUUGUUGGUCGUAAAGUGGAACGGACCAUCGAUCUGGUGAACGGGGAGGAGGAACUGUUCCACUUCUCUGUCAGGCCGUCUUCUCUUCUCACUGACGACCAGCAGUCCCGCCUCAUUUUGCAUCCCAUGACAGGCACAGUGGCCCCCAGAGACAGGUUGCCACUGUCAGUGUCCUUCACGCCUUGCCGGGACGGCCAUGUGAGCUUCAGACUGAUUCUGAGGGUGAAGAGGAAAUCAGAGCCAAUCGUGGUCACGGUUAGAGCCGACUGUUUCAGCAUGAGCACCUUAGUUCAAGUUGAGACGCCAGACGGAGGCCUCAGAGAGAUCAGCCCCAACCUCAAAGACACUCUGGACUUUGGGAAGGUGGGGAUUUUGGAGCAAUCUGCCUUUCAUUUCCUGGUGUCCAAUCGGGCAAGAUUCAGAUUGGAAGUGAACUUUGACCUAACGAGUCCCGCUGAGCUGCUGCAACAAUUCCAAAUAAAACCACAAAACGACACUAUUAUUGAGGUUGGGAAUCAGCUCCGAUCUUCACUCUUCUUUUGUCCGCGGAGCGCUUGCGACCUGCAGGAUGUCCAACUGAGUAUCCGGGUAAAGCACGGGCCGACGUUUAUAUUUGCCAUCGAAGGCAGCGCUGUCACACCUAGCCUUGAAUUCUCCUUCACCAAGCACAACUUUGGCAAGUGCUUGGUGUACGCUCCGGGCAUGGUGCCGGCCUCCCGGACUCUGGUGAUCAGCAACAGAGGCGAGAGAGACAUCAGGGUGGAGUGCCAGUUUAGAAACACCUCUUACCUAGAGAUGGACUUCCAACCGGACAUUGUCUCCCCUGGUGCUGUGAUCGAGGCACUGGUCCACUUCUAUCCUCGGGAGGCGUGCCACUACCGUGAAAGAAUCCCCUUUGUCUUAAACAGCUGCGUCACGACACACGUGGACAUACUGGGCCAAGGCGUCGAGGUGAAGCUGGAGGUGGAGAACCCCAAGCAGCGGAAAGUGAAGCUAGGAUCUCUGAAGUCGGGUCAGAAGGUGAAAAAACAAGUGGUUCUGGUCAAUCGUGGCCCCUUAGACCUCUCCUUUAUCCUGCUGCUUAACACCAACACACCACUGGAUCCAAGGGAGCUGUCAUUCAGUCCGCCAGGUGAGCUGAACCUGAAAGCUGGCGGUGGCUCGUGUAAUGUUGAGAUCCAGUUCUCCCCUCGUCAGCACACAGCUCCCUUCACAGCAGAGCUGCAGGCGGAGUUUGCGGGCCGACUGCACCCUCUGCUGAGCAUUCACGGAUCCUGCCAGGGAGUGGAGGUCCAGCUGGACCAGAACCACCUGGCUUUCGGAGCUGUUGUCCAGCGCUGCCAAGCCAGGAAAAAGAUUGUCAUGAGGAACGCUGGGGACCUCGAUGCCAGGUUCCAGUGGCAAACAGAGUGUUUCCCUCCAGAGGUGUCCAUCACGCCAGCUAAAGGCUACAUCUGUCCGGGCGUAGAGGUUCAGUUCGAAGUGACCUUUGCCCCGGUGGAACUGAGUAACGACACGAGAUAUGAGAACCUGUCCUGCUGUGUGGAGGGCUCCUCCUCCCCCCUCACCCUCACUGUAACAGGCUCCUGCAUUGUAGCCUCCACAAGCAAAGAGGUGGGGACCUUUGUUUGCCCAGUACGUGGAUCUCACACCCAGACUCUGCACGUGUCCAACCCCACAAACCAGCACUGCUGUGUCACACCUGCCAUAGAGGGAGAGCAGUGGAGCGCUGCGUCCUCUGUGAUCCUUGAACCGCUCCAAAACAAGACAUAUGAGAUCACGUACCGACCGCUGUCCGUUAUUGCUGAUGGGAAGAAACACCUGGGAUCAGUCUUUUUCUCCUUCCCUGAUGGGACGGGCAUGCUGUACUCCCUUCAAGGAACUGCUGAGCCUCCAAAGGCAGAGGACACCAUUGUACAUGAACUGCCUGCAAAGACUCACCACACGGAAAUGCUCCCUGUGCACAACUGGCUCUCCAAAAAACAGCGGUUCCGUGUGUUGAUGGAGAUCCUGAAACCUGACAAACAAGAUGCUACCGUGUUCCUGAAAGGUCUGGGCUCCAUCGAUGUCCCUGCUUUGGCCAGUCUAAACUACAAGAUGUCUUUCUUUUCAUUCAGAGAGGGCCAUUACAACACCAAGGUGACGUUUCUUAAUGAGGUGUCCGGCGAGUACUUGUUCUACCUGGUAACCUUCAAGGCCACACCUCCAGGAGUCCUGUCCACCAUAGAGCUGGUGACCCCUGUCCGUCAGACGGCCUCUGCCACGGUGCAGGUGGAGAACCCCCUGACCACAGUUACCUACCUGACCACUGAGUGCAAAUGCCCUGAAAUCAGUGCCCCGCCUCAGCACACGGUGCCGGGACGUUCAACGGGCUCUGUAAUCUUCGAGUACCAGCCCCUGCGUCCCGGCGAGUCUACAGCCCGGCUGACUCUGCACAGUAGUGAUCUGGGCCACUUCCACUACGAUCUGCUCCUCAGAGCUGUGCCCCCACCACCUGAGAAAACCAUCCACUUCAGCACUUUUCUGGGGAGCAGCCAUUCUGUUUUUGUUAAGUUUACCAGCCACGCCCGCUUGAAGGCAGAGUACUCGGGCAAGACUGAUUGCCAGGACUUUGUAGUGGACAAGGCCAUGACCCAGGUGGGGUCAGAGGUCAGUGUGGAGGUCCAUUUUGAACCUCAUCAGGUGGGGGAAGUGAGAGGCCAGCUCAGCAUGUCCUCAGCGAUCGGUGGCGAAUACAUCUUUCCCUUGCUGGGGAUGGGCCUCCCUCCCAGAGCCCAGGGCCCAUUUAGCAUCCAGGCCGGACACAACAUUGCCAUCCCCUUCAAGAAUAUAUUCUUACAGACCACCGCUUUCUCGUUUCAGGUGGACAACCCGCGUUUCACAGUUAAAGAUGUGGAACCCAUUCUCCCCAAAAAGACCCAAAACAUCUUGACGUCCUUUGAGGCCCCUCCAGGAGGCUCUGCGGGGCCGUGGUUCGGCACGCUGACCAUCUCCAGUCAACCCCCCGAGGGGCACAGCAAACCUUAUUCUUGGAUCUAUUACCUGAGGGGUUCCCGAGCAGAGUCAUCGUAGAGAGAGAAAUGUACACACAUGUAUCGGCUGUGCAGAGGCUCACACAUACAAGCAUACACCUAUACAACUGUUUCAACCUAUACAAAUAUACAACUAUUUUAAUUUGUGAUCCUUCAGCUGAAUUGUGUUGACAAAUCAUUUAUUUUAGGCCAGAACUAAAAUGUCGGUGACAAAAAUAGCCUGAAUUGCAUAUUAUAUUUAUUUGCCAAGAAUUUUUAGUUGUCGCAUGUGUUCUUCAGAAAUAUUUGAAUUGUGAACUGAAUAAAAACCUACUGAGGAAACUGGGGCAAUGUCUGUCAUUGAACACUCGAGUCCACACAAGAGCAAUUCUAGUGCCUCAGUGAUGGGAUACAUGGUGGCCUACAUAGUUAUUAUUAUUAUUUUAUUCUGCCUUUUUCUCAUACUCGUAAGACUCAUGUUAAACUGUCAACUCUCAACCUGGAGUGAUUUUGUCCAAAGCGCUCUUUGUAGGGUUACUUGAAAUUUUUAAAUCUUAAUCUUACAUGGCUGAUGGCUAGUUAGCUGUAAAUGUGCAUCUUGAGCAUGGGUUAUUUGCAGUU